AUGCAAGUCACCGAGCAAGAAAAUAGUGGAAGGGGAAGAUUUGGGGUGACGGCAUCAGCAGGAGUCUGCAGCAUCAGUUGUAUCAAUGGGAAGAUUAUUUCAAAACAGCUCUCAAUUGUGUGUUGCCUGCAGUCCCUCUUCCAUGUGAAGAGAGGCAGGAAGUUCCAAUGGUCUCCUUCCUUCAAUGAACGAGAGAUCUGGAUCGCAGUCCAUAAACCGAAGUCUGGGAAGGUACCGGGGGUUUGUAACAUCAUCCUUGAGUUGCUGAAGACAGAUGAGAGUCUUGUUGUACUGUGGUUGCAUAGGCUCUUCCAGACUAUCUGGUGUACUAAUAUCAUCCCCACUGACUGGAAGAAAGGUGUUAUUCUGCCUACUGAUAAGCCUGAAUAUAGCAACUAUUGCAGCAUUACGCUGCUGUUGGUCCCAGAGAAAGUCGUCUCUUCCAUCUCAUUGUCGCAAAUCAAUGAUGCACUUCAUGGCAAAGGCCAGGAUAGUCAGUGCUGCUUCAGACCUGGUCAUUCCACUGUUGGCCAGAUCUUCGCCUUGAGACAGCUUUUUGAGAAGAUAAUGGACUUCAAUAAUGCACGUGACAGCUAUAUUGUGCGAGUCAAAGCUGUGGUUAUGACCCGAGAUGACUCCAGUGGGGGAUGGUUACCGCAAGAAGGAGGCGGUCUCAGUAAAGUUGGCGUCUGCAAGGUCAUGUACCCAGAGGGCAAUGGAAGAAGUGGAUUUCUAAUCCAUGGGGAAAGGCAAAAAGACAAACUGGUGGUAUUGGAAUGCUUUGUAAAAAAGGACUUGGUCUACACUAAAGCAAAUCCUACAUUUCAUCACUGGAAGGUUGACAACAGGAAGUUUGGGCUCACUUUUCAAAGUCCUGCCGAUGCACGAGCAUUUGAUAGAGGAGUGCGGAAAGCAAUUGAAGACCUCAAUGAAGGAUCUACUACUUCCUCUUCAACGAUCCACAAUGAGGCUGAGAUUGGUGAUGAUGAUGUCUUCACAAAUGCUACCGACAGCUCUUCUAAUUCUUCUCAAAAAAGGGAACAGCCUCUGCGGACACUAGCGUCUCCGACAUCCUGCGAACAUCGCAGAAUUUGCACUCACGGUCACAUUCACGACCAGUAUAGCUCUGACCACUACCAACUAGAACAACAGUCAAUACAAAGGUCCUAUCGACACGUCAGCUUUCCAGAUGAUGAUGAGGAGAUAGUGCGCAUUAACCCUCGGGAAAAGAUUUGGAUGACCGGUUAUGAGGACUACCGCCAGCCCCGGUCGCAAGGGAAGUACAUCGACACCGAUGAUGUGGACUCGUACGUACGUUUUGCCAAAAGUGAUGCCUCAAAACAUGAUUACAAUUAUCCUUACGUAGACAGCUCAGACUUUGACCUGGGUGAAGAUCUAAAGGGUGCUGUGAUAAAGACUCAGCCUGUCAAGUUCAAACCAAGACGGAAGGAAGAUGGCGAGAGAUCGCGGUGCGUGUAUUGCAGGGACAUAUUCAAUCAUGAGGAAAACAGGCGGGGUCAGUGUCAGGACGCACCAGACCGUGUCAGAAGUUGCAUCCAUCGAGUCAGCUGUAUGUGGUGUGCGGACAGUAUGCUCUAUCACUGUAUGUCUGAUCCAGAAGGAGACUAUACAGACCCUUGUUCAUGUGACACCAGUGAUGAAAAGUUUUGCCUCCGGUGGAUGGCCCUUAUCGCCUUGUCCUUCUUUGCCCCAUGUAUGUGCUGUUACUUGCCCCUUCGGGCUUGUUACCACUGUGGGGUUAUGUGCAGGUGCUGUGGUGGGAAACACAAAGCAGCUGGAUGA